AUGUGUUUGUGUGUAUGGGAUGGUUGGCUGUCAAUCAGGUCAGCUCGUGGCCAAUGAGGCAUCUCUCUGCCGAUUUUUUUGUGUGUGUUGUGUGUCUGGGGGAAGGAGGGCUUUAGUGUGAAACUGACAACAGCUGAAUCACGCGGAGAGAGGAGACAGCCAGACAAGAGGAAUAGUGUGGGCUCCGGGGUUAGUAAGUAGCAGCUGUAACACUGCAACACAGUAACAGAGAGGGAGAUCCUUCUGCUCAGGACUCUUCUGUGUGUGUGUGGCUCGACAGGGACAGAAGGAGGAGAGGAGGUUUAAAGAGGAACCAAACACACCCACCCCGACACUUCAACGAUGCUCUCGCCUUUUCUCCUCCAGCAGCCCGGGCAGAGCCGUGCCUUGCUGCUGCUGCUGCUUCCUCAGUGCCCGGGGAGAGGAGCCCGCUGCGCCGCCAGAACUGGGGCGGCGAUCGGGAAAGGAUUCCGGAGCCGGGCGGCCACUACCACCAGCAGCAGCGGGGCACGGAGUCACUGCAGCGGGGGAGUGAGUUGUGCAGCCGCCCGGGGAUGGCCAGAGCCCCGCUUCGGUGUACUGAGAGGGCUACGCACGAGUGUAAGUGGAGAUGGAACAACUCGGAAUGAAGCCAGAAGAUUUAACAGCAGUGAUGGUAAAAAACUCAGCAAGUCCCAGCAGCUGAAACAAGUCUUCAAAGAGUAUGGAGCUGUAGGGGUUGUAUUUCAUGUUGGAAUAUCACUGACCUCACUUGGAAUAUUUUAUCUGGUGGUCUCAAGUGGUGUGGAUGUGGCUGCACUCCUUUACAAGAUGGGAUUUAGUGAAGCAGUCGUGCAGUCCAGAAUGGCAGCUGGUACCAGUACCUUUGUACUAGCAUAUGCUGUUCAUAAGGUCUUCGCUCCAGUACGAAUGAGCAUUACUUUGAUUUCUGUGCCAUUAAUAGUAAGAUACUUUCGCAAGAUUGGACUUUUUAAAGCAUCUACUUCCAAACCAUGAAGAAAUACUUGAAUCUUAAGAUUGUAGCUGCAAAGGACCUAGACAAUUGAAAAAAAAAUCCAUAAAUGAAUGCAGUACUUAUGUUGUUAGGCAGUAGUUACCUGUAAGCCUGUGCUCUUGAUGGCUGUUUUCAACUUGAAGCUGAACUAUAAUGUCAAUCUCAGCCUUGUGCAGGACACUUUUACAAAGGCAUCUAUUGCCUAGAUUGCAGCAGCUGAAGUGUCAGUUGCAGGGAAGGUAAUAAUCAUUGGAAAUAUUUGCAUGAGACAACUAAAAUUAACUGUCAAUAUGUAUCAUUUGACAAUCUAAAACUUGAAUGCAGCCAAAUUAUUGACUUGAGAAGGAAAUAAGUGAGCAGUGUGGAAAAACAACAAACAUGCUGUUAGAACACAGGGGGGUAUUCUUUCAGCAGACUUACUCACCCAACUAAUUUCCCCAGCAAGGUGAGACUAAUUUAAAACUCCAUUACAUGAUUGUUGGUUAAGCCUUUCAGUUCACUUCAAAUUGCAAACAUUCCCAUGAUGUGCAGCUUAAAAUGAAGUUGCACUUCCCUAAAGUAGUGCUUGAAGUAUGUGUAGGGAAGAGUGAGAAGGCAUUGCCUCCUGUAUUCAUUCCUUAGCCAAAGCAAUGAAUUUGGAUAUCAAUGUCCAGAAAAGUUACCUAAUAAUUUUAGUUUGUUAUGCACACACAGGCAAAUGCUUGGGAGAAGUAACAGUGAACAAGCUAUUUAUCCUGAUGUAGAAAUUUUGGUAUUUCAAUUUUUUAAAAAAGGAUGAUCACUUCUGAAGAAUAUUUUAUAUGAUAAAUCCAUACACAUCCAACUCAUUACAUACAAAUUAGCUGUCAACGGGGGCUACCCCUCUACAAUCGUGGCUCUUCUGUUAAUACUGCACUACACCUGUCCAAUGCAAACUCAUAAUUGGAAGCUGCAACAGAAAAUGUGAUAUUAGCUCAUUCACAUUAUAGCCAAUAACUUCAUUAAUACAAUAGAUUAAUACAUACUACAGACUAAGUGUUGAUUUUAUUCAAAUUAGUAUGUACUGCCUGCUAAUGCAACUUUCCAAAUCCAAUACUUCGAGACAAGUUUAACCUAGCAUAAAUAUUAAGUUAAAUAAUCAAAACCACAACAGUAGCACCAAUCUCAUCCAUUCACUUAAACAUCAAUUUAAAAUCAAUAAGCAAUAAUUGUUGUUCCAUUAAGGGUGAAUUAGGACCAAAGGAAACUUCAAUACCUUGCUGCAUUGUGUAAGAUUAGUAUAAUCACAAACAAAUACUUGAACUGUAAUUGUUUACUGUUUGCCUUUUCAAAUACUGGUGUUUCAUUAAACAAGACCCCAGACUGAAGAUUAA